CGAGUAAAAGCUGGCGGACCCUGACAGCUUUUGUGCCCUCGCAUCUCGUGUUUGCCUACCUCUAAUUAUUUACGACUUUUACCCUACAUUCUCUAGCCCUAUUCUACCUGGUCUUGUUGCUUUUAGCUGUCCAAAUCACCUGCCUCGAGCCCAACACUCUUGCUUGCUUGCUUGUUUUGUUAUCGCAGCCUCCAUCGCCCUCACCCACCAUCAACGCUUUCAGCUGGGCCCUCGAUCCGGCCCAUAAUAAUCGCAGCCAUGCUUACCAUGUAUUCUGGCACCAAGCUCACCGAGCUACCGCCUGGUGUCAGCGCCACACAUUCUCCACAGUUGCGCAAAAGAGGCUCGUCGACACAAAUUGCGCCCACGGCCCAAGCCAUAGACACAACAGACUAUCGCGAACAAAGGCGGCGCAUCCACCACGAGGCAGAUGUCGUCAUUGUCGGUGCUGGCAUCCUGGGCUGUGCUGCUGCCGUCGCAUUCGGCAAGCAGGGCAGGAGUGUCAUAUUGCUGGAAAAAAGUCUCAAGGAGCCUGACCGCAUUGUCGGCGAGCUGCUGCAACCUGGCGGUGUAAAUGCCCUUGAGAAAUUGGGCAUGAGGGAUUGCCUCGAUGACAUUGAUGCCAUUCCCUGUUAUGGCUACCAGGUCAUGUACCACAAAGAGCAGGCUCAUAUCCCCUACCCCGACAACCUGAUUAAAAGCGCGCCCUCAAAAGCACCCGAGGGUCGCUCUUUUCACCACGGCCGCUUCAUCUCCAAGCUCCGUGCCAAGGCAAAGGCGACGCCCAAUGUCACCGUUGUUGAGUCCACGGUCACGUCACUAGUCAAGAGCGACCACACCAACCAGGUCGUCGGUGUAUCGUGUCAAACCGAAGGCGAACAAGACUACUUCUUUGGUGCUGUGACGCUGGUCGCCGACGGCUAUGCAUCAAAGUUCCGCAAGGAGUACAUUCCUCACCAGCCCCAGGUCCGCAGCAAGUUCUGGGGUCUAGAGAUGAUUGACGCCCAACUUCCUGUCCCGAACCACGGCCAUGUCAUUCUCACAGAUGCACCUCCGAUCCUCAUCUACCAAAUCGGCACUCACGAGACGCGCAUUCUUAUCGAUGUACCAGAGAACUUGCCUUCGGCGUCGCCCAAGAACGGCGGCAUCAAGAACCAUAUGCUUAACGUAGCACUGCCCCGCCUUCCCGAAUGCGUACAGCCUGCAUUCCGCAAAGCAGUCGAACAAGGCAAGCUCCGUAGCAUGCCAAACUCCUUCUUGCCUCCUUCCACACAGAAGCAGGCCGGCCUCAUCAUCCUCGGCGACGCAAUGAACAUGCGCCAUCCGCUUACCGGCGGUGGUAUGACGGUCGCCUUCAACGACGUAGUCCUCCUUUCCUCUCUCCUGUCCCCCGCCAACGUCCCCUCGCUCGAAGACUCCGAGGCUGUUCUCGCCGCCCUUGGAAAAUUCCACUGGCAACGCAAGAACGGCACUAGUGUCAUCAACAUCCUCGCAAUGGCCCUCUACUCGCUCUUCGCCGCAGACAACACCUACCUCGAACUCAUCAAGAAGGGAUGCUUCAAGUACUUUUUACGCGGUGGUGCCAGCGUCGCAGAGCCAAGUGGCAUGUUGGCCGGUCUGAUUACCCAUCCCUGGAUGCUAGUCUACCACUUCUUCUACGUCGCUGUGUAUGCCAUCUACGUCCGGUUGGCCGAGGUUCCCUUUUACAUGAUCCCAUGGACAUUGACUGUCGAGAGCACAAUGGUGAUUUGGACGGCUGUCUGUGUUAUCGGCCCUUACAUCAUUGCCGAGGCGAAGAGUUGAUGAACAAAACGCAAAAACGAACGAGCAAAUGUCGUAUGGAAACCUACUUUUUUUUCUUCGCAUGUAUAUACCUUGUUUUGUUUUGAUUGACGCUUCGCUGUUAUGUCCUUUAUGCGGGCGCCUGGGGUGUCUGGACAGCUAGCUGGUGUUGGAAGGUAGUUAGAUUUUUCAUUUUUUUUUCAUCUUUUUUAGAUAUGAAGGUAAUCGUAAUUUGUAUGACAUUCAAGUUAUCUAUUGCUG